CGUGAAAGUCGACGGUGGGCCAACGCUGCGGAUGAAAAUUGCGAUCCGAGCUGGGAACAUUUGAAAAGCGCAGGCGUGCAACGGUUUUUUUUCGUGGCUUUUUUUUUCGAGUGUGGUGGCUGAGUGAAAAUCAAACGCAUUUCGGGCAUAAUUUGUGGAAUUUUACACGUUGUAAAAUCAAUUUUAUUGUGCAAAUUGAUUUUUUUUUUGUUGGCUUUCCGUUGCUGUGCGGCAACAGAUGAAAAUAAUGCAGCCACAUUAAGCGGGCAAACAAUAACCAAAACAACAUCUAAAGAGUCAACAGCAAUUACAGGCCACUAAACCGGAGGAAGAGUGAUAUCUUCGGGAUCAGGAUGUCGGCUGCCACGCACAUGGCGCUGCCGGCUCACGCCGUCGUCCCGCCGCCCGGAACACCGCCGGUCCUGGGGGGCAGUGAGUGCUCCAAUCUCAGCCUGUCGGCGGGCAAGCGUGGGCACAAGCGCAGCGUGUCGCUGGAGAACAACGCCCCGCUGGCGUUGCGGAGCACUCCCAGUCUGGGCCAGUCCUCGCUGGGAUCGCCCCUGCUGCAGUUUGGCCAGGGUCCCGGUCAGGGGCACCUGCAGGCCUUCCACACGGGCACCCUGAAGUCGCGACAGGAGCAGCGCCGGCUGAGCCAGAAAUUCGGGAGUCACAGCAACCUGGACGACGAUGGUGUGGGAUCGGGAUUGGGAGUUGGCGGGGGUGGGGGUGGGGGCAUGGGCCUUCAGAUGCGCAGCAAGUUCCAGAACAUUCGUCAGAUGUUCGAGCUGAGCCGGAGCUGCGUGGUUGGCGGGGGAGGGGGCGGAGGCGGUGCCGAGGAGGAGGCGCUGCAAUCUCUGCCAGCAACAUUGCCGCAGCAGCAGCAGCAACAUCAGCAGCAGCAGAGGCGGACCACGCCCAUUGCCGGCGGAAGUCGCCAGCAGCAACAACAAUUGGGCGAGGCGGAACAGACCAGCGGCAACUUUCUGCGACCGAUCGCAUUCAAGCCCAUUCCAUUUGAGCCGGACUAUCGCAUCGCUUGCCAGCAGCAGCAACAGCACCAGCAGCAAUUGCAGUUGCAGCAACAGCAGCAACAACAGCUGCAGCUGCAACACCAGCAACAGCAGCAGCAGCAACAACAGCAACAGCAGCAACAUCAGGGGCUGCAGUUGACGGCGGAAGGCGGGCAGGCGGGGGGCGGGGCCGAGCGGUACGGCUACGGAUCGACACCAUCACUUGCCCCGCUGCUCACCGCAGUCGCCCAGAAAUUUGGCAGUACCACAGAUCUGCGACACCUGGCCGCCCGGCGUCGAAAUCAUCGUAUACUGCAGCGCUCCAGCAAUGAGGAUUCGCUGACCCUUGACCUCUUGAGCACAGGAAGCCACGACAGACCCGAUGGGGCUAGCAGCAAGAGCAGCGGCACAGUGGUGGGCAGCAGCGACCUGACGCCCUCGCCCUCGGACUCCGGGAUAUCGGAACUGGAGGCGGCGCUGAAGGAUCGCGACUCGGAGCUCUCGUACCUGCGACAGGCCAUGGAGCACAAUGAGAAAGACAAGGAGGUGUACUGGGAGCACGAGACGCAGCGGCUGAGGCUCUUCUACGAGGGUCAGCAGCGGGAAUGCCAGCUGAAGCUGCGCAAGAUGGAGCAGCUCCUCGGACUGCAGCAGUUCCAGCUGAAGCAGCACAAGCUGCGCCAGUCGGAGCAGGUCAACCGGCUGCAGCAGCAGCUCGAUCAGGCCCGGGACUCCGGACAGGGACUCCAGCAGCAGGUGGACGCACUGCGUCACCAACUGGAGGACAGCGAGUGGCGCGUCUGCGAGCGCAACGGGGAGAUAGCUUUACUCAAGACGCAGCUCAAGGAGGCGCAUCUGGAAAUCAACAUGAAAGAUCAUGCCAUUGUCAGCCUGAAGCACAGCAGCAACACCAACAGGAGCAGCAGCAGCAGCAACAGCAGUAAUACCUGUGACACAACCACAAGCCAAAGUCAACCAAAGCAACAGGCGAACGAGGAUCAGCAGCCGGAAUUGCAACAGCAACACCAGCAAUAUCAACAGCAACAAAAGCAGCAGCAACAAAAGGAACUGAAGCAGCAACAGCAGCAACUUAAUCAUCAGCAACAGCAGCAACACAAUCAGCAGCAACAGAUGCAACAACAGAUUCAACAACAGCAGCAACAGAUGCAACAACAGCAUCAGCCUGACCAGCAGCAACUGCAGAAGAUCAUUACGCUGAAGGAUCAGGUGAUUGGGGCACUGACCAGCGAGUUGGCCAAGCUGCGCAAGGAGCUCUCCGAUCUGGCCAUUGCCCAUGAGUACGGCGAGGAGCCGUGUGGUCGAUACACUCGACUCAAGCAACAGUUGGACAACCUGAACGAGAUCUGCCAGAAGACACGAAAGUACACAACAGCAGCAACCACAACAGCUGCCGCAUCUCCGGCAGCAGCAACAUGUCCCCAGGAGCUGCCCAAGUUGGAUGUCCUGGUGCAGCGAUUGCAACUGGAUCAGGGACAGGCGCCGCAGCAGACGCUGGACACCCUCAUCGAGGAGUCCACCACGUAUGCGGAGGACAUAGCCAAGCUGCGCCAGAAACUGGACGAUUUCCGCCUGAAUCUCGAGCUGGAGAAGCGUCAGUGGUGCGCCGAGAAGGACAAGGUGCUGGGCUACCAGAAGCAGCUGCAGGCCCACUAUAUCCACAUGUACCAGAAGCUGCGCUGCCUUGACAGCAGCCAGGCAUCGGCGAUGGGCGGAGGAGCAGCAUCUGGGCAGGUGGAGGCCACCAACGGCAACUGAUGGGAUUUGGGGGAAUGCAGGCAAUGGUGCUAUCAUCACUGGGCGAAUGAACUAAGGAACUAUGGGGACACUGCCCUUAAAGUAUAUUUAUUCUCUAAAACAGCUGAUUUCAAAACAAUAGUUGUAUUUGCUUGUUUUUAAAAAUCAAAUAUAUUUUUGAAUUUCUAUGUUAUAAAAAUUAAAAACGGCUAAGUAUUUAUAGUUCGCAAGCCCUUUAAAGAACUUGAAAAGUUGUUAGUCCUCUAAUGAAAAUGUUCAAAAGCUCAAAGUAAAUUGACAUCAUUUUAAAAUUUAUUUUACAAUGCCUUACUACUAUUAUUUUGAACACAGCUGUAAAUAAUUAAACUUAUCAAAAUGAUAUUUAUAAAACAUUUUUGUAGCCAAAUGUUUUUAAAUUAUAAAUUUAUCUGAUUUUGAACCAACCUAAGAAGUGCCUUAAGGUAAACGUUUUUUUAAAUUAAUUAACUUCUUUGAUUGGUAUCCAUUGAUCAAAUAUUAUAGUUAACUAUUGUUACAAAAAUUCCACGAUUCGUUUUGAUUAGGCUAAUAACCGAUUUUGGAAACUGUUAGCGCUAUUAAAAAUCUAUUUGAAAUGUUUUAUAUUAGUGUAUAAACACAUUUACUGGUCAAUUACUCCUCUACUCUUACCUUUACUAGUACCAAAAAUUCUUUCAGUUUUGGUACACCACCAAUAUUUCACCUACUUGACCAGUGAGCUGGGUCGUUUUCCUCCCUUCGGCGAUAAAUAAUACACGAUUUUCGAUAUUAUUAGAGUUGAUAUACACAAAACUCUAUUUUUUUUGUUUUUAAUAUUUUACAAAUAUAUAUAUGUAUACUUUUAAUUUAUUAAAUGUAAUUACAAAACGAGAAAAAAAAAUUUGUGAUUUCGCAUGUUGAAUAUAAUAAUCUAUAUUGAUAUAUGCAUGUCGUUCCAUUAUGUAUAUGCAAUAAAAAUAAUAAUAAUGUAAUAACAGGAGUUUGUUUUUUAUUGAUGAGGACCAUUCGUCCAGCGCUAAAGUUAAUGUGCAGGAUCGAUAAAUGGUAAAUGACUGAACUGGGCGCUAAAUAUAAAGAAUAAUUGGUAGUUAAAAAAAUAUAAAAAAAAACAUAAAAUAAAAUUAUACAAUCUUUACUCUUAGAUUACAUCGUACGCUUAAUGCAAAAGCCUGUCCUGGUAUCAGCAGCUUGUCAAGGGCAGGUUAACUAACUUUGUAACACUAGAGCAGAUCGAUUUGUUUGAUACAAAAAAAUAGGUCGGACAAAUAUUCUUUCUAAGCAAAUCAGGGUUUAAAAUUAUAGGCUUAAUAUUGCUGUUUUUGGCCAAUGAGUUUAAUGGUUAAUAAAUUAAAAACUGGUUUUAUUGCGAAAAACUAAAAAAGGACUCGUUAAUCUCUCGACGCUUUAAAAAAAUAAAGAAAUAUUUACUCAAAGGCAAACUAUUUUCAUUUCAUAUCAUAUUGUAAGCUUAAAUUUAUGUUUCCUUAUUUUACAAAAAAUUUUGUGCUUUUCGCUUGAACAACUUAUUUAUUUAUUUAAUUGUCUACCAAGAAAAUUUCCAUGAAAAAACUUAUCUGCCUAGUUCGCUUUUUUCAGUUGCUAAAUAAGAUAUAAGCAGUUCGUAAAAAUUUUACCAAAACAAAAUAUUUUCAUUUUUAACAAAAAAAUGUUUAAACAAAAAUGAAGUAUUUUCUGUUUUCUUGAUUUCCUUCUGUUUUAGAGAUGUUAAAUUGGUAUUAUAUUAAACGUUUUUCUGUAAUCUAAUAAUUGUUGUGUAAUCCACAUAUGGUUGUUUUUUAUCUGCUUGUUAAAGUUUUCAUUGAAAGUACAAAAAUUAACAAAUAGAAAUAAUUAUGUGUAUCGCUUUUUCGGUUAAGCUUGAAGUUAAAUUAAAUCGAA